ACUGGUUUACCCUCGUGGAUUGUUGACAUGUUUCGUGGAAGAUCUCACCCUAAAACGAAACUCCAAUCGAGGGGAAUUUCCUCCUUGUGCGUGAGUCAACCAAGUUUCUAUCCCAACGGUUGAGUGACUUACAGUCAGAUCACGUGGGUGGUAUUUCGUCUGUUUUGCAAUUUUUCGCCAUCAACUUUCAAUUUUAAAUGUAAGUGCUGAUGUAACUAGGCCCAUUUUGGUGAUGUUGUGCAAUGGAUUUUAAGUGCCAUUUCUAUCCUGCUCAAAAAUGUGAAUACUACAUGGUGAGGCGAGGUAUCACUGAAUCCCCCGACGUAGAUGCCCAGAACUUCUCGUACAACCAGAGCGGCACCAGAUCCCAGCCGGCCGGCGGUCAGCUCGGCACUCAGGAGUGCGCCAUCUGUCGGGACAAGUCCACGGGCAAGCACUAUGGCGCCUUCAGCUGCGACGGCUGCAAGGGCUUCUUCCGGCGCAGCGUCCGGCGGAACCACGUGUACGCCUGCCGGUUCAGCCGGAACUGCGUGGUGGACAAGGACAAGAGGAACCAGUGCCGGUACUGCCGGCUGAGGAAGUGCUUUAGGGCCGGCAUGAAGAAAGAAGCUGUCCAGAAUGAAAGGGACAGAAUCAGUGUACGCAGGACGAGUUACGAGGACGUCACCCAGAGCAGCGCGCUGUCUGUACAGACACUACUGACUGCAGAGACGGCAGCCAGACAACAGAUUGAUUCACAGAUAGGCUCCCACCUGCUGAUGGCAGAGGUCCACAGCCGCAGGUCCGCCUCGCUGGAGGACGUGGUGGAGUCCAUGAAACAACAGCUGCUGGUGCUGGUGGAGUGGGCAAAGUUGAUUCCCUGCUUUGGUGAUCUGCCCUUGGAUGACCAGGUGGCGCUGUUGAGGGCACAUGCUGGUGAGCACCUGAUUCUGGGCGUGGCCAAACGUUCUAUACCACUCAACGAGGUUCUCCUACUGAGCAACGAGUCCAUCAUCACAAGACAGAACGCUGACCCUGACGUGGGCCACGUGGCUAGCAGGAUUCUAGACGAGAUUGUGGCCCCAAUGAGAGAGAUUCAGGUGGACGACUCAGAGUUUGCUUGCCUGAAGACGUUGGUCUUCUUUGAUCCAGUGGCACCUGGCCUGACCAACAUCACAAAAGUCAAGCAGUUCCGGUACCAAGUGCAGGUAAAUCUGGAAGAUUACAUCAACGACAGGCAGUACGAGAGCAGGGGGAGGUUUGGGGAGAUCCUGCUGUUGCUUCCAUCCCUACAGAGCAUCUGUUGGAAGAUGAUUGAGCAGAUCCAGUUUGCCAAGCUCUUUGGGAUGGCCAGGAUAGAUAACCUGCUACAGGAGAUGUUGCUGGGAGGUUCCAACGCGGCCGAGGCCACAGACCCAGUCAACAGUGUGGUGCUAAACAGCCCAGUGGGCGCCAUGGUAGCCUCCCCUCAAAUGGACGACAUGAUGGGCAUAGGACCCGCAGGCGAGGCCUUGAACUUGAUGACAGCCACCAGCGGCGGCGACUACAGCGACAUCACCAGCAACCCCAGUCUGGAGGCUAGCCACAUCAUGCUCACCCUGGCCGAGCAGACGCUGUCCCGCCAGUCGCUGGUGGAUGACAUCCACACUGCCAAAUCCGAGCACCUCCAGCAUCCCUCAUCCAUCAUCCAGCACGCCAACGUGCCGUCAUCCAUCAUCCUAGACAACGGUGAACGAUUACACAUCACCAGCAAGUACAAAGCCACUGUUUCUGUCGCACACGCUCCGCAAAACUUCAAACAAGAGGCCAUUUGAAACUUUUACCCAUUCUCUGACACGGCCCUCAAAACUUCAGACAACAGGCCAUUUGAAACUUUUCCUGCUGUUUCAGUCUGAAAUGACCAUUACAACUUUAAUUAGCGGCCACAUGAAAGGUAUCUUAUUGUUUCUCUAAUGGCCAUCAAAACUUCAAAGGAGAGACCAUUUAAAACUCUUGUUUAAGAAAACUUCGUUAGUGUGUUACUGUAUUUUAACACUCAAGAAAUAAAUUGUUGUUACUUAAAAGCAAAAUUGCUUGAAUAUCUAAAGGGUGUUUACUGUAAAAUUGUUGCACACUGAAGUUUACAUUUUAAACUACAGAAUAGAGCAUACUGUAACUCAGUACUGUAAAACAUAGUGGUGUGAAUCCAAUAAUGGUAGGGACCAAACUCCAUGCAGAGCACAAAUAAUUCAUUCUGAAUUCAUCAGUUUCUAACAAAUUAAACAACUAUGAUUGUUAUAAUAUUCAAUACCAUAUUUUACAUUGUAUAUAUGUAAGGAAAAACUAUAAUUUUAUGUUAACAGUAACAGAAAUAAUAGAAAAGACAAGCUGUUUUAAAAGACAGUGUAUUUUUUUUUUACAAGCUUAGGCCUGCCAGUCAUCAUCUCCGCAGUACCAUAACGAUACCAUCACCACAUCAUGACCAUACAACCACAAUAUCAUCACCAUACCAUCGCCAUACAACCACAAUAUCAAGACCAUACCAUCGCCAUACAACCACAAUAUCACCACCAUACCAUCGCCAUACAACCACAAUAUCACCACCAUACCAUCGCCAUACAACCACAAUAUCAUCACCACACCAUCACGCCAUCACAACAUCAUAAGUUUUCCCACAAGUAUAGUCCUGUAUUGCUUAAAUAUCACACACAAAUAUACCUGCUUUAACAAACCUUUUACUAUUGUAGUUGCCAUAACAACAUACAACUAAACUCCAAAACCAGAUUUUGUAAUUUUGAAACUUUAAAGACAAAAUAUUUUACUACUUUAGCUGAUGCAGAUUUUUUCCUGAAAAUGAGAGUUCACAAAAUUAUUUUUUUUACUGUGCUUAUAUUGAAAUGCUAUUUUUAAAAAAAAGCAAGUUUAGUGUUUUAAUUUCCUGUGAAUACAUUUUGAGAAUAUGCUGGUUCAGGUAUUCAGUAGAACAGUUUAAAAAGUAGAAAUAUUUUUAAGCAUUGGAUAGCCUGCCUAAUUUUUAUUUUAUACACUUGUUCUUUGCUAAUGAUUACAUUUUUCUUAAAGAUUGCUAUACAGCCAUAAAUUGAUCAAGGAAUUGGGGAAAUGUAGCCAAUUUAAAAAUUACAAAUUUAGGUUUAAGAUCAGGAACAAAACAAAAAGCUACCUAUAUAAAGAGACCAGAAAGAAGCAGGGGUUUUUCAUACUGAUUUAAAAAAAAAAAUUUACUUAAAAAAUGAUCUUAAAACAUAAUACAUUGUUUAAAAUCCAAUAAACAAAACUAAGAAUUUGAACUAUUUUAUUUUGCUCCUUAAAAUAAUUAUUACAACAUUUUUUAGUGAAUUACUUUGUCUAAAUGUAAUGUAAAUAUAUUGGAUACUUUUGUUACUAAUUGAACUAAAUUUAAACCUCCUGCUCUUAAUGUGCCUUACCUAAAUUAUUGCUCAAAUUUUAUGCAAAAAUCUGUCCCCCCAAAAAGAUGCCAAAUAAAUUAUUUCUAUGAACAAUAUAAAAUCAAGCAUAAUCAUUCCUUAUGUUAAAAUCUUUUAGAAAAUGUGAUGUUUCUUACCCGCUGAAUUGAUUUCACUAAUAUUUUUUCAGUGCAUGCCAACCAAUUAAGUCAAAUGUUUAAAAAUUAUCAAUAUUGCUACAAUAUACAAUAGUGCUUUGACUGUACAGAUACUUUAGAGCUAUUAAAGAGUAGUUAUAAGGACGUAAAUUUCUUUUACACUUGUUUGCUAUGUUGGUAGAUUAUUUUAUAAAAGUUUAUUUGUCACGAAAAUGUUAUUUUAUAAUUUAAAACAAAUUGUAUUAUAACUUUUUAAUACUAAAAUGGCUGUGUUCUUGUAGAGAGUUGUUAAUUUUCAACAGAUAUAAGCAUUGAUGUCAUUGGCUAAUUAUUUCAAUAAUAAUAGAAUUUUUCUAUCCAAAAAAACACCUAAAGAUCAAGUAAGGCUGUACUAAAAAUCAUUACAUUAACAAAAUUGAUUUCUAUAGUGUUCAGCUAUUUCUUUGUCUUAUGCAAUGAGUAUUUUAUGUUUAUAGCAUCAGAUAAUUUCACAGCCCUAAUGUUAAACUCCCUCAUCUGCCUUCACGCUUUAAGUCAAAUAUAUGUUGCCAAAGCUGAUCACUGCAUAUUAUUUGUGUAUUAGUAUAAUACAUUUUUACUGUUUCUUUUCUUUGCUUAUUUUGGAUGCAAAUUAUGUAAGCUAGCUAAAUAACGUUGACUUGUAUAUAUAAAUAUAUACAUAUAUAUUUGUAUAUAUAUAAAUAUAUAUAUAUAUAUAUAUGUAUAUAUAUAAAUAUAUGUAUAUAUGUAUAUAUAUAUAUAUAUAAAUAUAUAUAUAUAUAAAUAUAUACAUAUAUAUAUACACACAUACACAAAAGAAUUUUGAAUUAUAAAUUCAUUUUUAAAAUUAUUUAAUAGUUAUGCCAAUGUAUAUACAGGCACAAUGCUACCAAAUAUAUCUUGAUUACUUCUAACACCUCUUAUGUUUUCAAUCAGAUUUCUGUAAAUAUUAUGUAAAAACAGACCCUUUUUGUUUUUUCAUAAAUUAUUUACCUUUUGUUUCAUUAUUUUAUGCUGUUGGACAAUAAAGUCUUUCACUUGUCA